AUGCCAAUUAGCUUUGCAGCUCCAAUCGAGGUUAUAGUCUUAGAUAUUGAGGGGACAGUAUGCCCUAUAUCAUUUGUUAAAACUACGUUGUUUCCUUAUUUUCUUGAAAAAUUACCACUGGAGUUAUCAGCCUUAACAUAUCCACUUAAAUCCACAAGCAAUUCGCCGGUUGAAGAGAUAUGCAGCCAAUUUCCGGAGAAUGUUAGAGUGUCUUCUGAUAGUUUGCUCGAAUAUACCACAUCUUUGGUGAACAAUGAUAUUAAAGACCCAAUCUUGAAAUCACUCCAAGGCUUCAUCUGGAAAUUGGGAUAUGAAAAUGGAGAAUUGAUGGCACCUGUCUACGAAGAUGCUAUUGAGUUCGUGACGGAUUUAAGUAAGACGAGAAAGAUAUACAUAUAUUCGUCUGGUAGCAUCAAAGCACAGGUUUUGCUAUUCGGUCACGUUAAAGGUGCUAAUGGGUCACCAGUCGAUAUGAACAGAUAUCUUUCGGGUUAUUACGAUAUUACCACUGCUGGUUUCAAACAGGAGUCGGGGUCGUAUGUUAGUAUUUUGAAAGAUAUUGGAUACGAAAGUAAGCAGUCUAGUGUGCUAUUUUUGAGUGACAAUGUGAGAGAAGUCGAUGCUGCGAUUCAAGCAGGCAUGAACAGCUUAGUUGUUGAUAGACCAGGAAAUGCCCCCUUAAGUGAAGCAGACAAGAAAUCAUUCAGUAUUAUAGAAACAUUCAGGGACUUGAAAUUGUAG